AAGUUUUCAAUGCACGCGGGAACGUGUAUUUCUCUCAUGAAAUGUGGUUUCGUUCAACUUGAUGAUCUUUGACGUAGUGUUGACAUAUUACUGUGUUAGUAUUAGUAACCAUGUGGGUUGUAUCUGCGUGUGUGUAGUAGGCUAUUGGUGAGCUUUGAAUUGUCUCUUCAGAUUUCAUUGACAAACUGCCCUUACAGGUGUUGUAUUUUACGUGAUGCAGCACGACGACGUUGUGUGGAGUGUUAUAAAUAAAUCUUUCUGCUCAUUCAAAGUUAAUACCAAGACUCAGAGAUUCUGCAGAAAUGAGUAUAACGUCUCAGGUUUGUGCAGUAGAUCAGCCUGUCCUCUUGCCAACAGUCAGUAUGCAACUGUCAGAGAAGAAAAAGGAAUUAUCUAUUUGUACAUGAAAACAGCUGAAAGAUCAGCAUUUCCAAAAAAGACAUGGGAGAAAGUGAAACUUUCAAGAAAUUAUGAGAAAGCAAUCCAUCAGAUAAAAGAGAACUUGUUAUACUGGCCAGGGUUCAUUAGGACGAAAUGUAAGCAGAGAUUCACCAAAAUAACACAGUAUCUCAUUCGUAUGAGGAAACUGACUUUACGGAGACAGAAGAAGUUAAUCCCUCUGCAGCGCAAGAUUGAACGAAGAGAGCGAAGGAAAGAAGUUAAAGCACUUGUUGCAGCAAGACUUGAUACUGCAAUAGAGAAAGAACUUAUAAACAGACUGAGGCAGGGUGUGCAUGGUGAUAUAUACAAUUUCCCCCAGACUGCAUUUGAUAAGGCAUUAGAGAGAGAAGAAGUUGAGGAAGAGCGAGAUGAAGAGGAAGAAGAAAUAGAGGCUGAAGUAGAGUACGAAAAUGAAUUGGAUAAAGAAUUGGAAAAUGAUCAAGAAUAUGUCAUGGCUGGGAGCAGUGAUGAGUAUGAAAGUGAAGGCAAUGAUGACAUGAAUGAUGAAGUGGAUUCAGACUCUGGACAUGUUGAAGUGGUAGAAAGUGACAUUGAUAUAUCUGAUACAUCAGAUAUUGAGGAUUUGGCAGCUAAACACAAAAAAAGUGGUGAGCCAUCAACUGCCAGUAAAAAAUCAUCCAAACGCCGUGUUAAAAAGUCUAGAAAGCCUCAUGUUGAAAUUGAAUAUGAGCAUGAAAUGGCUACACCCCUUAGGACAAGCUGAUUUGUAAUGUCCACACACUUAGUAUUUAAAUGAUCUGUAAUUUUUGGAUUGUAAAUAAACAUUUAAUUUUUCAUAAUUUUUAUCAUUAUUGAAUCUUGUUUAAAUGACACAAGUAACCAAGUGAAUGCCUCCAAUGCUGUGAGCUGAGUAAAGCUUGGAUAGUAUCACUAUGCUGAAUUGAAUGAAGCGUGAUGGGGUGGCACAUCAUCUGGCAGGACUUUGGAGCAAUUUUUCUCUUUAAAUUAAAAAGCAUGAAGGACAUAAAAUGAUGUUGCCUUGUGUUUGGGUGAGAUGGCUGGCACUUCCAAAUAGUGCAAGUUAAGGAGUCCCUAUUAAAAACACUAAGAAAAUGGUACAGGAAGAAGAAAGCAUCUCAAGAGUAAAAGAAAAGGUGUAUGUAUAUAAGGUGCCAAGAUGAUAGUGAAGUCCGAAUGCAUUAGUACAAUGAGGGUCAGCAUAGUUGAGUCUUAAGACAGCGCUAAGGGGAUUCGAGGCCAUGAAUGUUAAACGAGUGAAGGAUGUGAUUCAGUUAAAAUGAACACACAGAUUGAUUGACCUUGACUUAUAAUUUUUUUGAAAAUAAUUAUUAUGGCUCCACUUGUAUGGAACUUGCAUUCAUUUUCAAGUAACAGAUUUGUAGAAAAUAUAACAUUCAGUUAUGUGAAGCCAACACUGUUCAUGCUAUUUAAACUGUAUCU